GUUUUGUGUACGGCACCAGCGUCAUUUUAGUCAGUUCUUCGGUCAGUGGGUCUGCAUUCAUAAAUAAUCAAUGUGGAUACCUCCAGUUUGUGAUAACCCUCCACCUCUUAAUAUUGAAGAAGAGCUACUUCCUUCAACACUUGGGACCAAACCGCCUACUGUUUCUGCCUCCAUUAGUUCAAGUAGUGACCAUAAAGAGAACUCACAAUAUCAGGCAGCGAAUAUCAGAUUCCAGUUCUAUCCUGUUCCGCGUGCCAGAUGCUUGUCGUCUCCAUAUCAAGUCUUACCGUCUCACGGAACAACAGUGUAUAUGUAUACGUGGACUGUUCCUGCACCUGAUGUCGUUGCCGACCUUUGCUGUGUGGAGAAGAGUUGUUUCGAAAAGGCAGACGGGGCUAUUGGGCUUUUGUUUUCGAAACCGAUUUCCAAGAAAGAAUAUGUUUGUCGAAUUCCCCUGUAUUUGACACGUGGUAUGGCUCGUUCGCGUGUCCGAUUAGUGGGGAAGCUUACACUUAGUGAACGGGAAUUGGAGUGCAUAAAAUCAGCUCACUCAGUGAUAUGUGAACUGAUUACAAAUAUAGCCCAUUUAUCACAUGUUGGUCAUAAACCAUCGAGUCAGGCUCUUUGCGAUCUUAUGGAGAAACAGAAAGAUCCAAAUGAAGUUCCUGAAAGUUUCGGAGUUACAGUUAUCGAUCGAUUUACCGAUCUAUUAUUCAGUCCUGAGAAGGCUAAUAUUCUGGCGUUGAUGACAUUAAUUCGGUUACCAGAAUGUACUAUAGAUUAUGAAGCUAUUGAGAGUCUUGUGAAUUGGUCACUUUGUCGUACGAAUUCAUUGUCUUCGGACAUUAAAAACAACACUAGUGGAUCAGUAAAGAUCAGACCUGUCCGUGGUAUUUUGCCCAGUUGGCAUGUUACGCUGAGUCAAAUACCUCCGGAAGAUUGGGUUGGUUUAGUAGUCAGACCUAUUCACCUCAAAGAUAGCGAUCCUAGUAUGUUUUCGAUUUCAGAAGUGUGUUCGGAAACUCCUGUAAAAUGUGCCGCUUCGAAACUUCGUAACACGAAAAAUGAAGAAGUAUCAGCAGUGACCUAUUCAGAUUUCUACAGAACGAAGUGUCCCCUUAUGAGAGAUCUACCCACUGAUAUUUCAAUGCCACUGUGCAAGACGUCACGACUGACGCGUCAUCAAAAUUGCACCCAAGUUACUGUGGGUCUACGAAGAGGUAAAUCAAUUCCCAGACAGUCAACUUUCGUAUGUGAAGGGUGUUUAGUACAUCCAUUAUCUUCAUGGCUUUGGUUUCUGGUGUCUACGAUACCUGCAGUUCUUUAUCAGAUGUCGAGGGCAUUGUUGGCAUCACAAUUGUCCACAGAAUUGGCCGCUGAGUUAAAGAAUCCCCAUCCAUUCUGUCAAAGGACGAAUCCAUCCAAUAUGACGGAUGAUUCUCUUUCUCCUGUAACCAUUUUCGUGCCUGACCGUCUACGUGAUGCUAAUUUCUCAAACGGUGAACCGAUUGACGCAACUAUGUUUGAUUUUAAAGUUGAUGAACUUACUUCAAAAGAAGAUCAGGAGAUGGAUGAUAUGGCUGCAAGGGAAUUCAAAGGCGCUCCGACAGUUUGUCCUCAACCCAGUGACCUGAUCGAGCCAACUACGUUGUUAGGUGCUCGUGAUGCAGUGAAUCUUGAGCGUUUAGAAUUUUAUGGCAAUUCGUUUCUGCAUUUGAUAUCUACACUGAGUGUUUACGGCACCAGUCCACAGGAUGCGGAUGAAGGAUACUUAAGCUGGAAAAGAACUUCACUUGUAUCAAAUGCUCACUUGUGUGAUAUUGCUCGAGAUUUGGCAUGGUAUGGAUAUUGUACUGGUCAAAUAUUCUUUCCAUCAAAACACUUUGUACCUCCGUGCUACACUGUUUCGUCUGAGGUUUCUGAAUACGAUGCUCGUUUAUAUACCCGCCUAUAUGACAAGUCUUUAGCGGAUAUGGUUGAAGCCUUGUUAGGAUGUUUUCUAGUGCACAUUGGACUACCAUCGGCUGUAAAUCUCUUACAUUAUCUUCAAAUAUGUCCGGUGAAUUGGAAUACAAUAAAAUGUGACAAAGAAUAUAAGAUUGAUGCUCCAUGGCAUUGCCUUCUUCACUCAGAAAAUGAUAUUGCUAGCAGUUCAAAUUCCAGACGUCACCUUCUCCGUGCAUCAUCACAGAAUUCACCGGCCACUUACAAAUAUCGAGAUCUCAAUGAGAAAUAUUUUCGUUUACAAUUGAAAUUGGAUUAUCGCUUUAGAAAUAUUGCAUUACUUGCUACAGCUAUGACACACCGGUCAUCAACUAACACAGAGCACUGGGGGAAUUAUCAGAGAUUGGAAUUUCUCGGUGAUUCGGUUAUGGGUUUCAUUGUGAGCAAUCAGCUGUUCAGAAAGUGUUCUCAUGCUUCUCCAGGUAAACUGAGUGAAAUGCGAUCGACAAUCGUGAGUAAUAACAAUUUGGCCAACACUGUAGUCGAGCAUGAAAUAUAUGCAUUUAUUGACUCUGGGGUUUGUGAUAUAAAGCCGUGCAUUGAUGAGAUACAAAGUAUUCAUCAGCGAACCGAUUCGAUUUGUGAACGUAUCGAGCUACUGAUGAAGAAGGUUGGUGAGGGACUGAAUGUGAAAAUUUUAGCCGAUGUAUUUGAAUCAAUUCUUGGGGCUAUUUUUGUGGAUAGUAACGGGAAUCAUGCUGUGUUAUCAUCAAUUAUUUUGCGAUUCUUAGGCAGAAGUAUUGGUGAGUUUUUCUUUUCGCAGUAGUAGUAAUAGUUGUUGUUGUCGCUGCUGUUGAGAGUUUUAUUGUCUGUGAAGAAACCAUUUCAUUGUGUUUUGUUUUGUUUUUGUGAUAGGAGAAUCGUAGAAAAUGAAUCUCGUAGUUAUGUGCAUGUAUUUGGAGAAAGUAGAGUGAGAUUAUGUUCGUUGAGACAUUGGCUAAUGUGAUGUAUCAAUUGCAAGCGUGAUCACAGUUGUUAUAUUUUCGUCAGGAAGAGUUAGAGAUAUGAUUGAGAAGCAAGCAGCAGUGGAGGGUCGUUUCGUGCCAUUCUGGGAUUCUUCUCAGAAUUCUUCUCGAUAACCCCUCGAGGAAUGAAACCCGGGUCCUGCAGGUUACGAGACCAAGUGACUGAAUGGUCAACGAGCCUGUUGUCAUUUUGGUAACUUUAGGGUGGUGCCAUUGCCAUCGGUCGAAAAUAAAAGGAGUCCAACAAUGUCAGAAUCGCACCAAUGUUUAGAUAAACUAUGAUAGGACAGAGUUACGUAUGUUAGCACUACCCGAAUAGCUCAUACUAACAUUUAUUGUUUUACCAAUGUAUCACUAUCAGAAUACUUGUGAAUUUACCUCGACUAUUGAAAUUGUGGUUUUAGAAGUAUUAAAUACAGGUCCAGCUUAAUCUGUGCCCACAAUUUGCAUAUUGGCUGGUGGUGGGGUUGCACUAGUGAUAAGUGGUGUUACUCAUGAAUCGUGGUCCUAGUUACAUGCACCGACAAUCGGAAGUAGUAAGUUGUGUACCUACAGAGGUGUUAUGAGUUUACAGCAGUUCAAAGAAACCAUUGAUAGCCUUGUAUUUAUAUUUUCGUCAACGGGUGUUUGUUUAUGAACGUGCAUUAAUAUUCAGGUAGUUUUGAGUCAUUGUAGGACAUCGUGAUUUCGGUAACAUCAGUUUUACUAAAUAUCUUGUUGUAUUGGAAAAUAUCCCUGGACUAGUUAUGAAGGGAAAGAAAAGCCUCAGUGUACAUCACAGUUAAUUUAAUGUCUCGUAAAGAAGAAACACCACUGUUACUGAAACGUCAAACCUCAGGCAGGCAGUCAGGUAGGCGUGGAGCCUCAUGUUCCACUCAGCACACAAAGCCAUAAGACAAGAAUAAUAAUUAAUCAAUUUAUAUCAAUAAGUAAACCGUUUUCUUUAUUUUCACUGUCCUCUUUCAGAUUAUUGCAUUGACAAACUACCGAAGAAUCCAAUUCAGCAGCUUCCUUUAUCGCAUCCUGAUAUACGCCAUCAGUACGUCUAGGAAGAGAUGUUUUCCAAAUUACAUUUAUAAUUAACGCAUCGCUUCAUGUGUGUAUAUACGAAUUGAAACAAGUUGUUCAUCUGUUGUGAAACUGACUAGUUUGUUCACAGAGUUGAUAACAAUGCUACGUGUAAUACUUUUCGUCAUAUAAAUACUGCUUACCUGUUAUGUAUUUACGGAGACAGAAAUCAUUCGCUGUCCGAUGCUGUGGUAUAAAUUCACGAAGAAGAAAAAUACCAUUUCCCCCAAAUGUAGCUUUAUUGUUCCGAAACUUUUGAAAUUAGUAGUAUUGUGUUUUUAGAAUUAAUUUUCCUGUGUUUUUGUUCUCAGCAUUUUGUGGUGAAAAAGGAAAAAUCUUAAUUAAUCUUCUGUUUACUUUUCAGGAACAGUUCUGUUGCUUUCAGCUCACAGAACAGUCAGAAACGAAAUUCAAACAAUACAGCAUCGGAUUCAGAUAAUGAAAAUACGUAUGAGUUGAUUGCAUCGACUUCUGGUAAACGUAUCUGUGUCACUGGGAAUACACGAAAUGAAGGUCGUCUUCAAUUAGCUGAAACUUUGGCUAUAUCAGAUGAGAAUAAAGAGAAUGUCGCGAUUUCCGAUGAUCAAGUAUGCAUGUCGUUAUCGUAGUUGAGAGUGGAUGGGUUGGUUGAUGAAUUUCAACAUUCGCUACUUUUUAACUGAUUGACACUUCGCUUGUUACCGAAGAAGAUUUUAUUUUCUCUUAUUUUUUGUACUAGUUAUAUCUUUAUUUACUCUCUCUCUCUCUCUUGAGAGAAUGAACAAAUAAACAUUUUGAUUCGGUGAAGUGUUCACCUCUA